CGACUGUCGUCUGCGACAGUACUGCACUCUCUGCUCCUCUCCUGCGCACCAAAGUGCAAGAUGACGUCCGCGUGACGCCGUGUGUUGCAACGCGAGCGAGAGUCGAUUGACGGAUUGUGCGCGAGUGGAACAAGUGUUUCAUAAUGACAGACAAUAAAGAUAGCAGCGAAGAAUCGGACGAAAGUUUGGACGCGAGAAGCGACAAGUUCGACCCGCUGAAAGCAUUGUACUCGACGAAAGGACGAUUGUUGUCUCACAAGUCGCCAGUCUACGACAAUGUCAGCAAAUUUGAAUCCACCCUGAAGGGAUACAUCGCGCCAACGCAAGUGUGUAUUACGCAAACGGACAGCACGCCGGCCGUCGCGGGAUCAUCGUCGAGGCAGCGAUUUUUACCGCACCAAGAACCCGUGCCUAGCAGAAGACGCCAGCAGAGCCUGAAGCAGAAGAAUGUUCUCUCGAAAAUGCACAGGACCUUCGGCCCGUUAGGAAUGCUCUACAGUUGGAUGGAGAACAAGAACCGAAUUAGGGUCUACACGAGGAACGCGCGCAACAUAAGGGGAUACGUGGAGGCAUACGUGGUCGCCUUCGACAAACACUGGAACCUCGCACUGGAGGACUGCGACGAGAUCUGGAGUCGCAAAGUCAAGAGGAAAGCGCCCGCCUUCGGUACGAUGAUCCCCGCUAUUAAAGCUCGAGCGCCGUCAAACGACGGCGCUGACGCGGUCAAGGUGGAGGCGCCACCGAACGUUCCUAAAGCAACGGUAACGAAGAUCGAGGGAAAGAUGGAGACCUUGGAGAGACACGUGCGGCAGAUGCUACUGAGAGGGGAGCAGGUCGCUAUAAUCAUCAAACUCAAUUGAUUGCGCGCGAUUUACGCGCGCCAUCAACAUCGCGCCUUAAGGGCCGUCCACAGCACCGCGCGCUGCUCUCGGGUGCGACAACUCGCGCUUGCACAGCCGGCAGUUUUCUCGCCGUUAAUUCCCACACGUCGCGCGCGGUCGCUCCUUUUCUUCGGGAUUUAUCUCGCGUGCAUCGCGGAAGCUUCAAGGGUGAAAAUUCCGCGAAAUCACUCACUCGCGAAAAUAGGAGAACAGCUCGCGAGCGUCACACAAACUGAUUACGCGACUGCACAAAUCGAAUUUCCGACUCGUUCCCCUUUAUUUUCAACGAUCAUGUACGACAAGCGUGCUCAAUAAAAAUGAAACCUGUCAGUGCCGAAUCAUUCAGCAGUGCGUAAUGUGCAUAAUUCGACUUCGGCAAACACCAAUAUACUCCUCACCCUCUCCGCGGCUACGGUCGCUUUUUCAGCGCGGUACGAAUUAUUGCGUGUCAUUCGCGUUACGUCAAAGCAUCUCGCCCCUGAAAUUAUGCGGGGAAUCGAAACGCCACUUGGAGGUCGCCGCGCGGCCGGACUUUCUCGCGGCAGACGCAAGGACUCCGCUGAGAAAACGAAAAAUACGAAAGGAUAGAACGGGCAGUGAAGAAAAAAAAAGGAAGAAAAAAAAAAGACGUUAAUCUACAUCUCCGGCGCGGCCUUCGGCCACACUGACGAGCGGCUCUGGAAGCGAUGAUGGAGGUGAGGAGGUGAGCGCGAGGUGAAGCGAGGUAAGGUACGGUGAGGUGAGGUGCGGUAAAGCUGAGGUACGGUAAAAGCCGAUUGAGCUCUAAUCCGCGGCGCGUGAACCGCGGACGAGGAAGUCGCGGCGAAGAAAGUUAAUUCGCGAUUGUC